CUACUCACAUAUUUUACGUCAGUGAAAGUAGCAAAACCACGUUGUAAAACAGUGAGGAACCCCCCACAGCCGUGUCAGAUGAACAAAGGGAGGACAGACGGCAGCUGGAGCGGCACAAACUGUUUAUCUGUCUGAGAUAUUAAGAUGAGCGCAGACACGGUGGAGCAGUCGGAGGCUCCAACCGAACAGGCAGAGCAAAACGGAAUUGAUUUCAAUCGACAAAUAAAGACAGAGGAGAUUAAUGACUCGCCUCAUUCAGCGGCUACACUGAAGACAUGUCAUCUAACACAGAGCUCUCCAUUGCCUGGAGGUCAGCUGUCUGGGGAGCUCACCUCUCUCCACACCAUGCAGCAGCUGGUUCUGAUGCCACCGUCUCACCUGUCGUCUCCCUCCCCCUUCCUGCUGUCGCAGAGCCCCACCAGCCACCAAGCUCUUUUGCAGCAGAAUCUGCUGUCCCUUCCCUGCCAGAGUCAAACUAGUCUCCUUCAGCAUCAACCUGGACUGGCUCUGACUCCACAGGCUAUGAGUCGCUCUGGUCUGGCAGGACCGUCUAUGGAGAACCACAUGGACAUGUCCCACCUGCAGAUGCCCAAACACAUGUCUGUACCACCACAGGAGGAACCCAGUGACCUGGAGGAACUGGAGCAGUUUGCUAAAGCGUUCAAACAAAGACGCAUCAAACUGGGCUUCACUCAGGGAGAUGUGGGCCUUGCGAUGGGAAAACUGUACGGGAAUGAUUUCAGCCAGACCACAAUCUCUCGCUUCGAGGCUCUCAACCUCAGCUUCAAAAACAUGUGCAAGCUCAAACCUCUGCUGGAGAAAUGGCUGAGUGAUGCAGAGAACUCACCCUCUGACUCAGUGAGCAACCCCACCUCUCUGCCGCCCCUGAUCGAGGGCUACGGACGCAAACGGAAAAAGAGGACAAGCAUCGAAACCAACAUCAAGCUGACUCUGGAGAAAAGAUUCCUUGACAACCCCAAGCCCAACUCCGAGGAGAUAACCCUCAUCUCAGAGCAGCUAGCCAUGGAGAAGGAGGUGGUUCGAGUUUGGUUCUGUAAUCGGCGUCAGAAGGAGAAGAGGAUCUACUGCCCGGUGACUAGUUUAUCGGUCAAAUCACACAGCUACAACUCCCGAAUGGCCUCAGCGUCCAGAUCCUACAGCCCUCUGGCUUCAGGUGGAGUUUCAUCAAAUUCCUCUCCAAACAGUGCAAGCCGCGAAGCUUCUCCCAACAGUCUUUCCGCAGCGUCCGUCUCUUUAACGUCUCAGGUCAACCCAGCUUCCUACAGCACGCCCGGGUCCUGGUACCGCACAUGGAACCCUGCUGCCUAUCAUCACUGAGAAACAUAAACUCUAUCAUAUGAAGCUUUUUAUUUUGAGGAGGAUGUCCACUGAAGAUGUGUGACGGAGUGGCACGAUAACACCUGUUAUUAACAGGGUUACAACUACAGGCUAAACCUUAGACGGAAUCAUGAGACAAAGCAGCAGAGGACUGCAAACACUCACCAAACUGCUGUUAGGACGGCCUCGAGCUGUUUGAUUUGCAUUCAUGUGACUCUUUACCUAGAUCAGCUGCAGAGAGGAAGAAUACACAAAAAAAACACACACUCACCUGACAAGUUAUC